AAUUCCCACUUCAACUUUUUAUUGGGUUUGCAAUUCGUUUAUCUCUCUCUCUUUUCUCCCAUGGACGCAUACUCUUCUUUUACAUACCUCAUUUCUUUCUUAGUUGUUGUCGUUUUUCUUCCUGGCAGAAAUUACUGUGUCGUCGGCACCACUGAUUCUCCGAUUGGCUUCUUCUCAUGUCGGAUAGUAGGUUGCUCUUCCUCCUUUCCAUUUCUUUUCCUCUACGGUGUUCUUCUCCUCUCUACAGUGUUCUUCUCCUCUACUCCUCUCUGCUUCCUUGAUUUGCAUGAGAACCAUUACCUCUUAACUGAUUUCCUGAAAAACAAACUGCGUUUCAGGGGAUUUUUAAUAUCAGAUUGGGAAGGCAUUGAUAGGAUAACCACGCCUGCUCAUGCCAACUAUACUUUCUCUAUCCAGGCCAGAAUUCUAGCAGGAAUUGACAUGGUUAGUUAAUCUUUUCUAUCACAAAAUUCAUAAUAACAUUAUAUCAUCACAAAAUUCAAAAUAGCAUUAUAUCAUGGGUCCUUAAAACUUCUUUGUUUUCUCUCAUUUUGGUUUUGGAAAAUGUUUCAGAUAAUGAUUCCAUUUGACUAUCCUGAAUUCUUCGAAGACUUGACCACUCUUGUAAAUAAAAUCAUAAUUCCAAUGAGCAGAAUUUAUGAUGCUGUUCGAAGAAUUCUUCGGACAAAUAUAAAACACGGUCAAAUUAACAUAUUUUGAUCAAAUUUUAGUUAAGAUGAUUAAAUCUAUACUACUAUUAAAGUGUCGCUUAUGAAUCUUCCCACAUAACAUCCUAAACGUUCAUUGGAAAACCUUAAACGAAUCUCCAUCGUUAAUUUGUUUUUACUUUUUGUUUCUCUUCAUAUAAUCCCAUCUUCUGAAAUGGCGCAUUCCAUCUGCUCACGAUCGACCUAAUGUCUAGCUUUUCUUCCUUUCAUUAUUCCUUCUUUGUAUCAAUGCAUCCCUACACGCCACCAAAUAUUAGUCUUUUCUUCCUCUUGUUAUUUCUUCUUCGUAUCAACGCAUCCCUACACGAAAUGGUGCAUUCCGUUCUUAUAUAGAAUUUCAUCUGCUCGCAAGCAAAUCUCCCACAGGUCUGUUCUUCCUCUCGUCGGUGCCUGCGAAUGUUCUUCUCGCCGAACCUACCAACAAUCCCCAUUUCAA